AAUUAGCACGUUCUACUUUCAAUUUCAUGUGUACCAACUUAUCGGCAUGGAUAAACGGUAUCCUGAGGAACAUCCGCGGAAUCUUAUCCCAGCUCUCCUGCGGCAGUUUUAUGAUUUAGGCUGGGUAACUGGAACAGGAGGAGGGAUCAGCAUCAAAUAUGGAGAAGAGAUUUACAUAGCUCCUUCAGGUGUCCAGAAAGAGAGAACACAGCCAGAUGACAUGUUUGUACAAACGAUUGAUGAUGAAGACAUAAGUGCCCCUCCUCCGGCUAAAAAGUUAAAGAAGAGUCAGUGUACACCAUUGUUCAUGUGCUCCUACAAAAUGAGAGAUGCAGGAGCAGUAAUUCACACACAUUCCAAAGCAGCUGUCAUGGCAACACUUUUGUACCCUGGCACAGAAUUCAGAAUUACCCACCAAGAAAUGAUAAAAGGCAUCAAAAAGUGCAAAUCAGAUCAAUACUACAGGUUUGAUGAAGAAUUGGUUGUUCCCAUCAUAGAAAAUACACCUUUGGAAAAAGAUUUAAAGGAAAGAAUGUCAUGUGCUAUGAAAGAUUACCCAGAAUCCAGUGCUGUUCUUGUUCGUCGUCAUGGUGUUUAUGUGUGGGGAGAGUCAUGGGAGAAAGCCAAAACAAUGUGUGAGUGUUAUGACUACCUGUUUGACAUUGCUGUACAGAUGAAGUCUGCCGGGCUGGACCCCACGGAAGUCCCUGUCCCCCCUAAAGGAGCUUAUUUACAAUAGCUGACUAGGAAUACUAGACUUCUUUAUUAGUCCACUGUAUUUACAAAAAUGUUAUAGCUGACUUGGUUUCUUUUAUUACUUAAGUCCAAGACCAUGAGAGGUUAGUAAUACUGUGAAAUCAUUAAUUUUCAUGGGGUUUAAUUUCCUUUGUUUUUGAGGUAUGGAGAGACCCACGAAUUUAUGACCACCAGAAGGUAUAAAAUUUUGUAUGCAUUACUACUAAACAUUUUCCAACCACAAAAUCAAAACCCUACAAACCAGUAUUCUUUCCUCAAACCUCGAUAAUUUCACCCCACAAAAAUAUGUGAUUUUACAGUAUGUGUUGACUAAGCAUCUCAUCAGGAUUAUAUCAGAUUCUGCUUUGUCUUGGAAAAUUAAGUUCAAAUACAUAGUGGUUGAACAGCAGCAUUUCAAACAUAAAUAUUUUGUCAGAAUACCAUGCAUAUAUGGAAAUUAGUUGAAAGUCCCGACCACAUUUUGUUUAUGUAAGAUUUAGUUAGAGAUAAGAUUUGACUGUAAAAAGC